GAGAAGAGACACUCUGGAAAGAUGUAGAAGAUGAAUCGGUAGCUGGCUAAGGGAAGGGGAGCGGGCUGUACAGUUCAAUUGGGGAGUUCGGACUUCGGAUCCCAAAUCGGCCGCUGCAGCUGGGGGAGAGAGUGUGGAGCUCUUUCUUUCCCUCUCUCCAUUUAUACAAUCGCCAUCGUCAACACGGAAAGAGCUCCUUUUCACUCAUAACACAACAAGGAACUCAUAAGUAGAGAAGAAACUUUAGGUGCUAGCUUGAUACGCCAAAUGUCUGGUCUGCACCGAUCUUCCAGCGCUCCGUUGAAGAACGGCCAUGGCGGCCUUCCUCCUCAGGAACUUCUCGAUGAUCUCUGCAGCCGGUUCGUUUUGAAUGUGCCCCAAGAGGAUCAACAAUCCUUUGAGAGAAUUUUAUUCCUUGUGGAGUAUGCACAUUGGUUCUAUGAGGACAAUUCUGUAGAAAACAAUCCAUCAUUGAAGUCAUUCAACUUGAAGGAAUUCACCUCUUUGUUAUUUAAUAGCUGUGAUGUUCUACGACCAUAUGUUCCUCAUAUUGAUGACAUAUUCAAGGAUUUCACCUCGUACAAAGUUCGAGUACCGGUAACUGGGGCAAUUAUUCUGGAUGAGACCUAUGAACGGUGCCUGCUGGUGAAAGGGUGGAAAGGGACCAGUUGGAGUUUCCCACGGGGUAAAAAGAACAAAGAUGAGGAAGAUCAUGCAUGCGCUAUCCGAGAAGUCUUCGAGGAAACAGGUUUUGACGUUUCAAAUCUUCUUAACAAAGAUGAAUAUAUUGAGGAAAUAUUUGGACAACAGAGGGUUCGGCUUUACAUAAUCGCUGGUGUCAAGGACGAUACUACAUUUGCUCCACAGACCAAAAAGGAGAUCAGUGAAAUUGCCUGGCAGCGACUGGAUGAGCUCCAGCCAGCAAAUGAUGAUGUAAUAUCACGUAGUAUCAUCGGCCUCAAACUUUACAUGGUUGCUCCAUUCUUAUCGUCUUUGAAAUCAUGGAUUUCAUCACAUCCGCCCUCUAUGGCACCAAGACCUGAUCUCCCUCUCAAAGGUGUAUCCAUGUGGAAAGCAAGGAAUAGCUCUACAGUAGGCAGCACAAGCACAGCAGUAUUGGAGAGCCAGUUGACUAAGCCCAAAUCUGAUGCUCAUCAUCAGCAUCCUCCUCCUCAUCCUCCCUCUCCUCCCGACACGGGGCCUGGCGAGAAUUUCAGACACUUCAGAUUUGACAAAGCUGCAAUCCUCAGAGCAGCUGAAGCUCGUUUUUCGUGACCUUUUCGCUCGCCCCCCUGUAAAUGAUCUAUGCUUACAUAGAUGGAUUAGAGCAUUUGACAUGUAUAACUGCUAGCUUGCCAUCAUUCCUCAGUCGUCCUCAACGUGUUAGCUCUGAUGUAUAUUGGUUCAUGUUAGAAAGUUCCGGAUGAUGGGUUUCGUGUAAAUCCUGUAUAGGAGUCCAUCCCGUUUCGUGUUAGAAAAUGAGCAGUUGUGAUCUAUUACAUGUUUGGAUUUUGACGGAAGGAAGUAAAUGAGUUCCCGUAAACCUGGAGAGGAGAUUGCAGCUUCGUCUUGUCGGGGUUACUACUCUGGCAUUGCAGUGGCUCUUGAGCUUAUUACAGGCUUAAGCAGCUUUUGUUUUCUCUUUUGGAAAAAUGACUGGUACCUACUAGUAACAUGUAAGGGCAUCGUGAUUCGUGAGUGACUUAAAAACUGAUGCUUGUUGUGGGUUCUCAUGAUUGUUGGGAUGAGUUGACAUGAAAACAGGACUGAUUUGAAUUGUGCCG